AUGUGGAUUCAGGGAGACUGGCAGACUGACACAAAUUUUCCAGCCAGCCUCCUCCCUCACCUCCUCCUCCUUCACCUCGUCCCCCUCUUUGUUCCCCCUCUUCCUCCCCCGACUCAAACCCCAGUGCUUCCUCCUCCCAAACUGGUUCCCAUCUUCAAGAACAAGUGUCCAUCGCGUCGUAUCAACGUGGCCCUCCUGAGAGCGCAGAAACAGGGACAGCAGCUGAUUGGAGGAGGGGAGGAAAGAGGGCGGGUGACCUUACCUGCUUUGGGAAGAAGACCCAACACGUUUUGUACUUCUUCUUCUUCUUCUUCUUCUUCUUCUGUUUUCUCUUUGUCAGCUUCAUCUUGCCCACCUACCAUUCCUAGCUUCAAACCUCGCCCUAAACCCAAGAGCAGCGCCUUCCCUCUUCCAGCAGGUUACCCCAAACUCAAACGCCUCCCCAGCCUCAGCCCGGCCUCCAGGUCUAAACCUGCGCUCAUCCUCAGUCCAAAUCCAGAAAUCCAGUACGAAGCCAAGUCCAGCAACAUAACCGAAAAGAUGGCAAGUUUAGAAAGCAACACUGCAGCUAUGUCAAGAGGAAAGGUGCAAGAACAAGCAUCAAAACAACCUUCAGCUGCUCCACCUGAGCCUCCUCGACUGCUGACAGCUGCAGAAAUCUCAAACAGCAGCACAACAGGAGUUGUGUUUGAGUCAAAGCCGAAGAAAUCCAAAUCUUUGCUUCGAGUUACAGAUGUGGAGAAAAUGGCCAGGAGCAACCAGUUGUUUAAGCUGAACUCUGCGACCCUGCUGGCCUGGUUAAAAGUCAGAGGAGCGACUGUCAGUGCCAAACACAAGAAGGAGGAGCUGAUGCUGAAGGUCAUGGGCUGUCUCGCCGAGGCUUGAGACCCACACACACACACACACUAACACACGCACACACAUGCAACCACACUCUGCCCAUAUCGACUUAAUCUACUUACUCUGGAGCAUUAAUGCUGCUCUAAGCUACUUGAUUCAAGAUUUGAUGUUAAAAGAGAAGCUGCAACAAAAGAGCACUUUCAUCCUCGCUAAUUGAGAUGCUGAAGAUUUGCCCAAAUUCUAAUCUUGUGUUAGAUGAAGUCGCUUUGGAGUCCUAUAAAGUGAAAUACAGACUUCAUAAGAUUUUUUGCUUUUGUUUGAUCAAAUUGUUAAGAUCUGUGAAAGUGUAUGUUGUUCAUUCACAAAACGUUUAAGAAAACGUUCUUUUCAUUGAAGGAAUUCUGUGUUUGUUUUCCUUCUUUCUUUUAAAAAACUUAAAUCUUCUACCCUAAAGGGGAAUUGUUUUUUAUGGCCCCCUUUUCAACAUAUUUUUGGCUCUGAAGACCUUGUAGGUACAUCAUUUUUCAAAGUUCAGAUUGUUAUUCUAAGUGUCUACAGCCUGUUUGACUGCUGCAGGUAGAAUCCGCCUACCGGAGCAAAAUCAAAAAGACUUUUUGUUCCUAUAAAUUAUUUAUAACCCCAAAUAUGUUGAAUAUAAAAGGCCAAAGAUGCACAGACACUGGAGUUGGCUGUAAAUAAGUUCUCUACCUCCGAUGUUUCAGUUGUUAAAGUCACACUGAAGGUUUGAAAAUAGGAAAGUUUUGUUCUGAUUCAUUGAAGGUGAAAAGAUGUAUAUUUGAACAGAAAAUAUUCUCUGUUGUGAAU